CUCACCCGACACAGCUGUGACUGUUUUCUGCAGAGGAAGCCUGUCUCUGGUAUGAGGUCUGCGCUCAGGAAUGAAAUAGCAGCCUUUUUUCUGCCUCUCUCUCUCUCUCCCCCAAACUAUGAUGUGACCUAACGACGUGAUAACAGUUUGAGCAGUAAGAGAGCAGCACAACUCACAGCUUCAUCAUUGUCGAGCACUCGAAGUGCCAAAUGCCAAGRCUAGAAGAACACUGUUGGAGUCGCUCCUGCGCAUCGAGGGUGGAAUCAAAGAAUUUAUCUGCGGGAAACUGGGUCGCAUCGAGAGCUGAAGAAAUGAUGUCCAUUGUCACAACAGUGCUCAGCAAUGCAUAUGGCUCGCUGCACAGUGUGCGAGCGGCAAACUUGAUCAGACGGGGUCUCGUCCUUUUCACCGUGGGAGUAGUUCUUGCGUUGGUGCUCAACUUGCUGCAGUUACAAAGAAAUGUGACUUUGUUUCCCGAAGAGGUGAUGGCAACUUUGUUUUCAUCAGCGUGGUGGAUUCCCCCUUGCUGCGGCACSGCAGCUGCUGUUGUUGGCCUGCUAUACCCCUGCAUCGACAGCCAUCUAGGAGAGCCCCACAAGUUCAAGAGGGAAUGGGCUAGUGUCAUGAGAUGCAUCGCAGUGUUCGUUGGCAUCAACCAUGCCAGUGCUAAACUACACUUUGCCAAYAAUGCCCAGCUGUCCCUGACCCUGGCUGCCCUGUCCCUGGGACUGUGGUGGAUGUUUGAUCGCUCGAGGAGUGGCUUCGGCCUGGGCAUCGGGACGGCAUUCCUUGCCACCGUUAUCACACAGCUGCUGGUCUACAACGGCGUCUAUCAAUACACGUAUCCAGACUUUCUGUAUGUGCGCUCUUGGCUUCCAUGCAUAUUCUUCUCAGGAGGAGUGACUGUGGGGAACAUAGGACGCCAGCUAGCCAUGGGUGGUGUUGAGAAACUCCACAACGACUGAACAGAGAUCCGCUGAAGAGGGGAAAGAAGGAAGACUGACAAUAUGGAGAACAGGCGUAACGGAACCAAGUCUGCCGUCAUGGGGAGAGAGUUUGAAAGAAAAGAGACUGUUAUUAUUUKUUUACUACUUUUCUGUGUGUUAUAACAAAGAGCUAGCCAGAACACCCUUGACCUAACGUGCCAUGACUUCUGCACCUCUUGGUGGCCAAAAUAACUUACAGUAUUAGGCUAGCAGUUGCAGCUAUGCUAUCCCUAUUAGGAUCCAUAUAGCAUUAUUCCAGAAGCUAGUCACAAAGUUAUCCCUGUUAGGGUUCAUAUACCAUUAGGCUAGCAGUUAGACACUAGGCUAUACCUGUUUGGUUCCAAAUAACAUUGUGCUAGUAGUUAGCUGCUAGGCGGUCCCUGUUUUGGUCCAUAUAGCAUUAGGUUAGCAGUUAGCCGCUAGGCUAUACCUGUUUUGGUCCAAAUAGCAUUGUGCUAGCAGUUAGCCGCUAGGCUAGCCCUGUUUGGGUCCAUAUAGCAUUAGGCUAGCUUCUAGCCACUAGCUCCUCCUUCACUAUAGCAGGACAGUAUUUACCCUCCCAGUUCUUCGAAAUGAAAAGUUACCUGGUUUCAGUUUUACAUUGUAAGAGUGAACUAUUAGCUUUUUGCAGGUGUGUGCACGUGUGCGUGUGGAUUUGUGCAGGUCUUAACAGAAAAGACGAGGGGAAAAGGUGGUACUACAAUGUUUGCUUUUUUGUUAUGGCUGAGUACAAAAUUACCGUAAUAGGGAAACGUUUCAGAGCUGUGCAAAAAAUGUCUGACACUCACAGAGACGGCGACCAACAGUAUGUCACCGAGAAAAAUAGUUAUCUGAGAAAUUAGAAUGMCAACACCUAUAACCCCAAACCAAAUAUACAUGAGAUCACAGAUGACGUGACCAUGUUUUGAAAGAAUGUACCAUGAUGCUACAAUAAGUAAGCAUAUUCAUGGUUUCAGUGAAAUCAGUAAUGACAAAAAGGCACCUGAAUGUAAUCGGGUGUGAAAGCUCACCUCUUGGCUGACUUUGUGGAUAUGGUGUGCAACCUGGAGGUGAUCUAUGACCCCUCAAAUGAAUGGCUGAUUUCCUAUUUAGAAUUUUCCAGACUUGGCAUUAAAGUUUAUGGUCAUACAUUAAGAGGAGGAGACAGGACCUUUUUACUAUGGCCUGGGGAUUUGCAAUCUGUGAUUGCCUUUGUAUUAUAGAAUUGAGUGCUUUUGUCACUACUAUACCAGUUCAAUUUUAUUACUUGUACAUAAUUAUAUAUUGCUUUCAUGUAUAGUCMCUUCCCUAUAUAAUCAGACAGGUAUUACCACACUAUACCAAUUCAGUUCAAUAGUUGGGGGGCUAAAGGAAUAAAAGUGCAAUCACAUAUACCUGAGCUGACUUCUUCUUAUUUAUUAUUUCUGACAGUGGUUAAGAGGUGAGACUCCAUGGAAUUAAAYGCAGUGUAGAAAAGGAGCAUCAAAUAAGCAAUAACAGCGGCUUUUGUAAAAACAAAAAUUGUCUAAGAUUACUUGCAUUCUUCAACUGUAUACCAAUGACUAUUCUCACCAUGAGAAGGAAAAAAAACAUUGUGUCAAACUGUUUGUAAAUUCUCCUAGUAGUUAAAACAUUAGUAAGUGGGAAUUCAGAUUAUAUUUUUAUUUUUAUUUUGUUAUGUAUAGAUCACAGCGGGAUUGGUUGGUACGCCUGGUUCGGUGUGAAUCUUUGCUCAAUUUCAGGUGUUUGUCCCAAAUGGCACCCCUAUUCUCUAUAUAGUGGACUACUUUUGACCAGGGGCCCUGGUCAAAAGUAGUGCACUAUAUAGGGUUCCAUUUUGGAUGCRGUCCAGGUGUGCUGCUGGGAGAAAAGGAAGCUUUAUUAUUGGGGUGUUUGAAACGCCUAUUAUUUCAAUGUGUAGAGAGUGUGAGUGUGUUUUCAGCUGUGUAGCAUUUUUAUUACCUUGAAUCCAAGUGGAAAAUAAAAAGGAACUCCUAAUGA